AUGCUACAGACUGAUUUGCUAAAUAAUGGUAGCUCUGACGAUGAAGAUUUGCUACCACCAAGUUUACAGAGCAAGGGAAAAGGACGUAGUAAAAAAACGAAGCCAGAUGCAAAGAAGGAAGAUACGCUUCCGAAAGCGGUUUCACCUCCAAAGAAGGCAAAAGACUCGCAUGAACAGACGGAUGAAAAUUCACUGCAGCAAGCAGGUAGGGAACAAGCAACACAUAUAGAUGACCUUCCCUCGGCUAGUCGCAGACGUACACGCAGUAGCGCAGCGGGGACAUCUCAAGUAACACCAAGCUCUAUUCCAACGGAAAAUAAUGCCUCGGCUAGAGGCUCGGCUAGAGGGAGAAGAGGACGCCGCGGUGCAAACAGAGGGGCUAUGAAUAGAUCAGCAGUUGAAAAUGCUAUGACUAUGUCACUUGCAGACUCUCUUGGUGUAUUUGCUGCUAUGAUGAGCGGGCGGGCAAGACGCAACGUAAUGCGUGCUCAACGCGCAUAUUUCGCUGAAAUUGCUGCUCGCUCAACUAACGUCGACUAUGUCGAUUUGGUAUCGAGUCCACUGCCCCGUAUCGAGGGUGUUGUAACUGUCGACUCUGAUGGGGAAGAGAGCAAAUCCAGUAAUAGUAUUGAAAUCACUGGGAUAGAAACACCAAAUACAUCCAUUGCUACCACAUUGGAAUGUUCUUUCGAUGAAGAUAAUCCAGAGACAUCAGUAAAGAUUAAAUGGGAUGGCGGAAACCCCGAAAUAUUUCAGCUUCGUAAACAUCAAAAGUUUCAGAGUAUAUUUACUGAAAUUGCUAACCGUGAAAAUACUCCGAUUGAUAACAUAAUUUUUAAUAUUGAUAACCGUAUUAUUUCGCCCAGUGAUACACCUGCCAGUAUUAACUAUAAGGUUUACGAAUUCAUUAGUGGUCGUGUUCUGACAGACUUAUUUGAUGUUGGCACAGUGCGAAAGAAACGUGAUGCUAAUAUAAUAACGCUGAAAAUUCAAUCAGAUUUAUGGCCAAAGAAACCUCUAAAAGUUGAGCUCAACAAAACGGAUAAAUUAAAAAUUUUAUAUAUUAAAUGUGCUGAAGAGUUAAAAAUGCCGGCAGAGGACCUCGUAUUGAGUUUCAAUGGCGAUCACUUAGGUUUUAAUGAAACACCAGAAGACUUCGAAUUCGAAGGAGAUGAAGCCAUCGAUUUACGUGUUAAGAAGAAAUAA